AUGGAUGAACUUUGGUGGAUCGUCAAUCCCCCGGCUCACCCUCCACCACUGUUUCCCGGAGACCCGUACUUUCCGGAUUUUCAAGCCGUCCAUGAUCAAAUUCCAAUAGCCGAGGACGUACCAAUCUCGGAAAAGGAGAACGAAAUGGAAGAAGAUCCGGAGGAAGAUCCGGAAGAAGAUGACCAAGAAAUGGAGCCUGAGAACCCCAUGGAGAUUGUUAGUGAUGAGGCGACGAAUGUGGUUUCCCCCAAUCGUUCAUCAGUCAGAAAUGUUCGACGCCGCCUCAAACGCACCGCAAGAAUGUCCGUCCCUAACCCCCAAGAACUAGACAACGUUCUUGGUUACUCAACCAGUGAAGUAAAUACUUGGGUGGAUCAAUGGCGUCAAACGAAAACCAACAAUAGAGGACAAACCUCAGGGAGUGCAACUGCAACCUCUUCUGAAAUUAAUGCACUAACCCAGCAGAUGGCCCGCCUGAACGGGCAGAUGUGGCACUUAAGCGAUGAAUCAAGUACCAAUCAGGGUGAAAUGAACCAAAUGAGAACCAAAAUGUCCAAGAUGGAAGAAAAAUGGGAAGAUGACCAACUCUCCCAACUGAACCUCCAUCAACGUAUGGACUACUUUCGCGGUCGAGUGAUGCAUCUUGAUGUGAGAGUUUCAGCAGCAGAAAGUCAGAAUCAAAUAGCUCUCUCAUUGGCCCAUAGAAUGGAAGAGAGCCACAGACUUUUAGAGCAAACAGUGGAGUGA